AAAAAUCUCAGUUACAAUCUUUAAAAUAUUUAUUUUAUAAAAGUUAUUUAAAAUUUAAAUUGAAACAAUAGCUGAAGUACGACGAUAUAAAUACAUAUGUUAUUUAUUACUGUAAUUCUUAUUUAUUUUGUGUUGAUUGUCACAGCAAUCCCUACCAUUACAUAUGAUGGUAAUGCUUGUCCCGAUAUAGUUUGCAAUAUGUUUCAAGGAAUGGGUUUUACAACCAGUGGGACGUAUACACGAAUCAAUCCGCCUGAUGUAGAUGGUAAUUAUAAUACAUACAUUCAUACUGUAUUCAAUCCUGUAACUCAUAAGCCAGUUAAGAUAAGAGAAUGCACAAAUAAAGUAAAAAUGAGGCUAAUUAGUGCCAAUAGACGAGUAACUUGUUCUACAAAAAAAUGUUCAAGUUCAAACACUAAUGACAUUACAUUAGAAUGCGAUGAAUUUCCACUUGCAUCGACUUACCAAGGCGGCCGUGGUGCAUUCACUAGAUGCAUACAAAAAUGGCAAAAUGGAUUGGCUGGAAUUGAUAUUAGAAUAUUUUAUCAACAGAAAAAAAUAGCUGAUAAUGCUCCUUUUACAAUUAAUUUGAUUAACGUGCCUUUUAAUUGUCCUGAGACUGACGAUAGAACCAUUCUGAAACAAACUCCAAGUGCUGGUCAAAGCACAUGCGCGAUUAAACCGUUUUAAAGGCAAAUGUAGAUGCU